AGGUAAAGCGGGCGUUUAUCCAACUGCUAGCUAAGCAAUUACGCCAGCAUGUAUUAGUCGAUUAUGGAGUUUAGUCUACCUACUUCAUUUAGUCAAUGUUCGUCAACUGUGCGCGAAGCAUUGAAGUCACCGAAAUGAGUCAGGAGACUAAGAUGGAUUCAUUACAUAUCUCGCAGCACUGCCCCCUAUCCUAGCAAUAUCCAGUGGAUUGCUCAAACACAUUGAAUCACAUAUAGGGUUGUGGCGAAUUUUUAUAAAGUCUAGUAGUACUGUCUAAGAUAUACUGAGAUCACCUAAAUCUAGGUUCUAUGCUCAAAUUGAGCACUUUCAAUUCAGAGGUAACGGAUAUAAGCGAGUAUCUACCUUCAAUUCAAUCUCCAAUCGAAAAGAAAAGAGUAUCGUGCCUGAAGCUAGAAUGGCUGACAAUCCUGGAUUAAGCGAGGAUGAACUCGUUGAACUGUCUCUCUUGCGCGAUUUCGAGAUCGACGAACUUAUCAAAGCUGGACUGCUGAGUCAAGAGAAGCAACUCAAAGCAACCCUGGACCGGGAGCUUAUUUUUAAACACGAAGAACUGAGUCUCCAUGUCACUGCCGGCCCUUUUUAUCCAGCGGUGCCGGCUACUUGGAAGGUUGAAAAUACUACAUUGCCGAGGAAAAAGGUAGACGAACUUCGCGCACAGCUGAGAGAGAUCGCAGAGGCUGCGGCGACUACUAAUAACAUAUCGAAAUGGAGGGAAAGGGAAGAAAGUGCAUAUGGAAUUUUUGAGCCGACGAUGACAGUUUUGGAACUUGCCGCGAAGACAAACACUUAUCUGAAGACAUGGCAUAAAAAAAUAGCGGAGGCUCCGCGCGAGAAACCACGCGAAAAACCACGCGAGAAGUCGUAUCUCCCCUUUGAGACAAAACUCAAGACACUUGAGAAAUCAGAAAUGACAAUUAGCGAGAUGGGCUACCAUUACCUACAGAAGACGCCUCAGGAAAUAUGUGAAAGAAUUCCUUCUAAUUACCGGAUUCUCCACGUUGAAGAGGUCCUGAGGGUUGACCUGGUUAAUAGAUUCCACGAGAAGCAGAGGAAGAUGAGAAGUGAACUGUCGAAAAUACGAAUGAGUGAACUUCGCAAGCACGUGCCGCCUAAUCUCCAAGGUAUCGGACGGAAGGAUGUGUGGUUGGAUCAUCUCGUAAAACCACGGGUGACUUUCCACGGUACUGCUAGGCAGCAUGUGCCAUCUAUCGUGCGAUAUGGAUUCCUCCAACCUGGCAAGAGGAAGCCAGGCACGGAUGAGCGACAUGAGGUCCGCUGCGGCUCGACGUAUGGUAGAGGGAUCUACAGCUCCCCAAACCCAGACUUUUCACUCAGCUACACGGAUAAUACGUGCCACGCUACCAAGUCAACCGAGUAUUUCGGUAUCAAACUGCUCGUCUGCGCCACACUAAUGGGUCGCGCGGCCAGCGUAACUCGAGAGGACAAUUGGCGCACCCAGACCGAGCCUUACCCAGGAUCCGAUUCUCAUGUAGCAAAUCGUGAGCUCGAGUAUAUUGUUUUUGAUACCGCGCAGAUCCUCCCGGUCUAUGUGAUUCACAUAGAUUGGGGCCAGGAUAAUGCCGAGCACUUUCACAAUUUACCUAAGGAUCCGGACAACUUCAUCCCUACCCAGAAGAAGAGACAUGCGAAGUUGUUGGAAUAUAUUCGCUGGCCCGGUGAGGUGAAACGCGAGAGAGCGGCUGCCUUUGCCAGAGCGGCCAAGUGGUUCCCGUACGGCUACGGACCCUCAACCGGGGCGAAAUUUGUGGUGGAAGAGAUCGGGGAUGUUGACGAGGAUGAGGAGGUCUACGGAGACUACCAGGACCUCCGAACGGAGGGUAUCAAGGAUAAAACUAACUUGGACUUCUGGAGUUGGGUUAAAGUAGGCGUGGACAUGGAUGUUGCCGAACGAGGCGACGAACCUGCGGGUGAAUAUACCAGACAACGUUACUGGUAUGGUCCCGAAACAUCGAGACUUGGGGACAUGUGGGAUGAACUUCCUGACCCUAGGACGAAGAGCGAUGACGAGAAAUCUAAUUGGGAUGAUGAUGGUGGUGAUUUAGGCCUGGAUCUUAUGAUGACUUAAUGAGCUAAGAGUUGAUUAAUAUACCCUCCUGAUUAAAUGAGCAUUGCAGAAGAAUAGUGGGAUGCCGUUGAUUGUCGUUAUGUUAUUUAGUGCUUUGAAUAGAGGCUUCAUUGUAAGUGCUCGAUACGACUCAUUUGGUAACUUGAACCUGAUCUCAUAAGAGCCAUGAAAGUAAAACCGUUGAUCUAACAAGCAUCUAAUAUUCUAAUAUUAGCCUUAUUACCUUAAGGCUAGUACGUAGAUGGGUAUGACGUCGGACU